ACUGGACGUGACAAGUAUGAGCCUGCGGCUACAUCUGAGCAUGGAGCCAAGAAGAAAAAGGGGAAGAAGGAAAAGGAUAUGGAUGAACUGAAAAAGGAAGUUUCACUGGAUGAUCACAAACUCAGCCUGGAUGAACUUCAUCGGAAAUAUGGUACAGACCUCAGCCGGGGUCUGACUCCUGCACGCGCCCAAGAGAUCCUGGCUCGGGAUGGCCCCAACUCGCUCACUCCGCCUCCCACCACCCCAGAAUGGGUUAAAUUCUGUCGGCAGCUAUUUGGGGGCUUCUCGCUUCUGCUGUGGAUUGGAGCUAUUCUUUGUUUUCUGGCAUAUGGUAUUCAAGCAGCGACAGAGGAAGAACCAAAUAAUGAUAAUUUGUACCUUGGGGUUGUUCUUUCUGCUGUCGUCAUCAUAACUGGCUGCUUCUCUUACUACCAAGAAGCCAAGAGUUCAAAGAUCAUGGAGUCCUUCAAAAACAUGGUGCCUCAGCAAGCUCUAGUGAUCCGAAAUGGGGAGAAGAUGAGCAUCAAUGCUGAAGGGGUGGUUGUUGGCGACCUGGUGGAGGUGAAGGGAGGUGACCGAGUCCCAGCUGAUCUGAGGAUUAUUUCAGCUCAUGGUUGUAAGGUGGACAACUCAUCCCUCACGGGUGAAUCGGAGCCCCAGACCAGGUCUCCAGACUUCACAAAUGAGAAUCCACUGGAGACUAGAAAUAUCGCUUUCUUCUCUACCAACUGUGUUGAAGGCACAGCCCGUGGUGUCGUCAUCAACACUGGCGAUCGGACGGUCAUGGGCCGCAUUGCUUCGUUGGCUUCCGGACUGGAAGGGGGGCAGACGCCCAUUUCUAUUGAGAUUGAGCACUUCAUCCACAUCAUCACUGGCGUGGCCGUCUUCCUUGGCGUUUCCUUCUUCAUCCUCUCACUGAUCCUUGAGUACACUUGGCUGGAGGCGGUUAUCUUUCUCAUUGGCAUCAUCGUGGCCAACGUCCCCGAGGGGCUGCUGGCUACAGUCACAGUUUGUCUGACAUUAACUGCCAAGCGCAUGGCCCGUAAGAAUUGUCUGGUGAAGAACCUGGAAGCUGUGGAAACUCUGGGCUCCACCUCGACAAUCUGCUCUGACAAAACUGGCACCUUGACUCAGAACCGCAUGACGGUUGCUCACAUGUGGUUUGAUAACCAAAUCCAUGAGGCCGACACCACAGAAAACCAAAGUGGUGCCUCUUUCGACAAGACGUCUCCCACCUGGACGGCUUUAUCCAAGGUGGCUGGACUCUGCAACCGGGCUGUGUUUCAGGCCGGCCAGGAAAACCUUCCCAUUCUGAAGAGGUCCGUGGCAGGGGAUGCCUCUGAAUCAGCGCUGCUCAAAUGCAUUGAACUCUGCUGUGGGUCAGUCAGGGAACUGCGAGAGAAAAACCCCAAGGUGGUGGAGAUACCGUUCAACUCGACCAACAAAUACCAGCUUUCAAUCCACAAUAAUGCAAACACAUCGGAAUCGCGGUACCUGCUUGUGAUGAAAGGAGCCCCAGAGCGAAUCCUGGACCGUUGCAGCACCAUCCUGAUCCAUGGGAAAGAGCAGCCCUUGGAUGAGGAAGCUAAAGAUGCGUUUCAGAAUGCCUACCUGGAGUUAGGAGGCCUGGGGGAGAGAGUGCUAGGCUUUUGCCACCUGGCUCUUCCCGAUGAGCAGUUCCCAGAAGGCUUCCAGUUCGACACGGAUGAAGUCAACUUCCCGGUAGAGAAUCUCUGCUUUGUUGGGUUGAUUUCUAUGAUUGACCCUCCUCGUGCUGCUGUGCCCGACGCCGUGGGCAAAUGCAGAAGUGCUGGAAUAAAGGUUAUUAUGGUGACAGGCGAUCAUCCAAUCACAGCUAAAGCCAUUGCCAAGGGUGUUGGCAUAAUCUCUGAGGGCAACGAGACUGUGGAAGACAUUGCUCUUCGCCUCAACAUCCCAGUCAACCAGGUCAACCCCAGAGAUGCCAAAGCCUGUGUCAUUCACGGCUCCGAUUUGAAGGACAUGACCAGUGAGCAGCUAGAUGAUAUCCUGAGGCACCACACAGAAAUAGUCUUUGCCAGAACUUCUCCUCAGCAGAAGCUCAUCAUUGUGGAAGGCUGCCAGCGCCAGGGUGCCAUUGUAGCUGUCACAGGAGACGGUGUGAAUGACUCCCCUGCUUUGAAGAAGGCGGACAUUGGCGUUGCCAUGGGUAUCGCCGGCUCUGAUGUCUCCAAACAGGCAGCUGACAUGAUUCUGCUGGACGACAACUUUGCCUCCAUUGUUACUGGGGUCGAGGAAGGCCGCCUGAUUUUUGAUAACCUGAAGAAGUCCAUUGCCUACACCUUGACCAGUAACAUCCCUGAAAUCACGCCUUUCCUCAUCUUCAUCAUUGCAAACAUUCCCCUGCCUCUGGGUACAGUCACCAUCCUGUGUAUUGACUUGGGGACUGAUAUGGUUCCUGCCAUCUCUCUGGCGUAUGAGCAGGCAGAAAGCGACAUCAUGAAGAGGCAGCCCCGAAACCCCAAGACAGACAAACUGGUGAAUGAAAGGUUGAUCAGCAUGGCUUACGGUCAGAUCGGAAUGAUCCAGGCCCUGGGAGGCUUCUUCACCUACUUCGUGAUCCUUGCAGAGAACGGCUUCUUGCCGUCCACCCUGCUGGGGAUUAGAGUGUCGUGGGAUGAUCGGUGGAUCAAUGAUGUGGAGGAUAGUUACGGACAGCAGUGGACUUACGAGCAAAGGAAAAUUGUGGAGUUUACUUGCCACACAGCUUUCUUCGUUAGCAUCGUGGUGGUGCAGUGGGCAGACUUGGUUAUCUGCAAGACCAGAAGGAAUUCUGUUUUCCAGCAAGGAAUGAAGAACAAGAUCUUGAUAUUUGGUCUCUUUGAAGAAACGGCCCUGGCUGCUUUCCUCUCUUACUGCCCCGGAAUGGAUGUUGCUUUGCGGAUGUAUCCGCUCAAACCAACAUGGUGGUUCUGUGCCUUCCCCUACUCUCUCCUCAUCUUUGUGUAUGAUGAAGUGAGAAAACUCAUCAUCAGACGCAGCCCUGGAGGCUGGGUGGAAAAGGAAACCUACUACUAGAAUUCUACUGGCCAGAUUUGGUUGCACUCUGACACUUCUCCGCUGUGUGAGCUUCUGGAAUGCAGGAAGAUGGAACCCUUGUAGGGUGGAAGCGAUUGGCCGAGGGCUAGAAGAAGCAUGGAAUGGGGGAGGGAGGGGAGUGCCCACCAGAGUCCAGGGGUGAGAGUGGAAGGCGGGAGUAGUUUUUAAAUGUGCCUUUUUGUUUUUGUAAGAAACAAUGAGAUUUUAUAUCUGGACUUUUACAAAUAAAGAUGGAUCAUAAGAGGA